GAUUAGUCGUUGUCAAGGUCCCCGAUCGUAAGGCCAAAACUCUAACUGCCCUCGUCGAAAAACAUGUGACAUUCGGUACAAUAGUCUAUACGGAUUGUUCGCCCGGAUACUUCGGUUUAUCAAGACGAUAUGAGCAUUCGCGGGCGAAUCAUAGUGUCACACACGUGAAUUAUCUGAAUGGUGCACAUAUACAAGGAAUAGAACGAACUUAGGGAAUUCAGACGCUUGUACCGCAAAUAUGGUGUAAGGAUGGAGGUAAUUGAGGAGAAAUUGAUAAACAUUGAAACAAAGUAAAUAAAGCGAAUUUGACAAUUGAAAGUUAUGUACAAUUAUUAGAGGGUAUUGUUAGGUUGUCGCAAUUAGAAAAUAUUAUCCAAAUGGAGAGUGAUUCAGUGCAGUGUCCAAUCUGCUCGAAGGAGUUUCCUAAGGGAUUGAUUGAAACACAUGUUUCCAAAUGUCUUUUCCUCAAUGAGGCGACGACUGAGACCCAGGGAUUCUUGAAACGACCCAGGUCCAACAGUCAGUCCAAGACGAAGAGUCCAAGUGUGGUUAAGAAAACGAAAUCUAAGGUUAAGAGUGUCCAACGGAGUCAGAAUGUAUUUCAAUCGCCUGUAAAUCUGGAGAUGAAGGAUUUGGAGGACAGGGAUGAAGAGAAAAAUGAAGCCAGCAGUACUUCAAAACCCUCGAGGCCCCUUCCAACGAAUACAGCACCACUUGCUGAACGAAUGCGGCCAACGUCUCUCCUUGAGUACGUUGGACAAUCCCACGUAAUUGGACAACAGAGUAUGCUGCUGCAACUUCUCUCGAAAGGUGAAAUUCCCAACAUAAUCCUCUGGGGGCCCCCAGGAUGUGGAAAGACCUCGUUGGCUAAUGUAAUUGCCACAAUGUGCAAGAACGAUCCGAAAAAAAAAAUUCGUUACGUGAAGCUUUCAGCAGCCAUGUCUGGUGUUGCUGACGUCAAGGAAGCAACGACAAUCGCCUCCAACGAAUUGAAAUUUGGUCGCAGGACUGUGAUAUUCAUGGACGAGAUUCAUCGCUUCAACAAAGCUCAGCAAGACAUUUUUCUUCCCCACAUCGAGGCUGGAACGAUCACUUUGAUAGGAGCAACCACUGAGAAUCCAUCGUUCAGCCUGAAUUCAGCUCUUCUGAGUCGAUGUCGAGUUAUUGUGCUUGAGAAAUUGACAUUAGGAAAUGUGGAAAGAAUCCUGGACAAGGCUGUGGAGUCUCUGAAUGGAAUUGUGCACACAGAGGGUCAGAAUGGACUGCAGAGAGAGUUUAAGGAAAGCCCCAGAUUCAUAAUUGACGAGAAAACUAUUCAAUUCUUGGCGGAAACUUGCGAUGGGGAUGCUAGGAUUGCUCUUGGAGGUCUGGAGCUUGCAGUCCAGUCUAUUGUGCCUGGGGAAGAGGCUUCGAGGGACGAUCCUCCUUUGAUAUCCCUGGAGGACGUUCAGGAGAGCUUAAAGAAAACUCACAUGCUUUAUGAUAGAAAAGGUGAUCAGCACUACGACAUGAUCUCAGCCCUCCACAAGUCAGUACGAGCCAGUGAUGAAAAUGCCUCUCUGUACUGGUUGACGAGAAUGAUGUCAGGAGGCGAGGACCCGGUGUACAUUGCAAGGAGAAUGGUCAGGAUGGCCUCUGAAGAUAUUGGCCUUGAGGAUCCGAAGGCUCUGGGAGUUGCAGUGCACACUAUGCAUGCCUGCAAAAUGAUGGGCAUGCCAGAGUGCGAUGUUCUCCUUGCCCAGUGUGCUGUCUACCUGGCGAGGGCUCCUAAAAGCAGACUGAUGGAGGAUGCUCUCCGAGCUGCGCAGCGAGUCGUGGCUGAACAAAAGGGACCCCAGCCUUCUGUGCCAUUGCACUUGAGGAAUGCACCGACUAAACUCAUGAAGACGCUUGAUUAUGGAAAAGGCUACAACAUGAUGCACAAAGACUUGUCCGGUUUAACGUACCUUCCUGAGGGACUUGAAAACCUUGAUUUCUUCGACGGGCAGGAUCCAGCGAAUACCCAUGGAGAUUGAGCGGGUUCAUCUACAACUCCAUGUUUUUCGUAUCGUCUUAUGAUUAUUCAUACGCUCUGUUGAUCUCUUGUUGAUGUUUUUGAUAUUUAGAUACUAUUUCUAGAUACUAUUGUCUUUAAAAAAAUCUGAGUAACCACAGCUGGCGUAGUUUUUGUAUUUUCAAUA